AUGGACCCCAAGUACAAGCCGCGCUUCUUGGCGCCCGGGGAGUUGCUGCCAGAGCACAGGGACAAGGAGCCAGAGGAAGCUGCCGGGAAGGCCAAGGUAGCCGCCAAGAAGAAGAAAAAGAAGAAGCCGGCCGAAUCUUCCUCCUCGUCCGAUGACUCAUCAUCAGAUGACUCAUCUUCCUCCGACGGCUCCUCAUCGAGCUCGGGCGAUGACUCAUCCUCCUCAUCGUCUUCUGAUGACUCAUCCUCCAGCGAUGACAGCUCCAGCAGUGACAGCGGCAGCUCCUCGUCAGGCACGUCUUCCGACAGCAGCAGUGACUCAUCUUCCAGCGAUGACUCAUCCUCUUCAGAGUCAGAGGCAGCGGCAACCCCUCCUCGCAAGAAAGCCAGAAGAGCCGCGGAGCCCGCCCGAGCCAAAGCAAAGUCCCGUAAGGACGGUGAAAAAGCGGCAAAAGCUGUGCGCGAGCCUGAAGAUGACCAAAGGAAAAGGGGUGGCGAGCGGAGCAAGGCCACUGAGAUGAGGACAGAGAGCAAUGGAGCGGAGCGGCAUGCAGAGGAAAGAGAAGUAGCGAGGCACUCAAAGCCCAAGAUCAGAUCCAUGGUCACCAAGGCAUGAUUGAUGCUCUACGGACAUACGUUGCAAAACUGUUAUAACCCUAAUUAGAGGAGGGUGAUUCAGAACAGGCUUCCCUGAGGGUGGAUUUGUAUUGAAUCUGCAGCGAAAGGGACCACACUUGGCAGAUUGCUUGCUGUGUUGAGAAAAUUGGUGUUUUAUGAUUUUGAUGUGGGGGCUUCUCUGGGAGUCUCAUGUGAAGACCAGGAAGUCCGCAAGGCCCAGCUGGGAUGCGGCUAAGCUGGCGCCUUUUGUUGAAAUGAAGUGACUAGGACUAGGUAGGUGUUUAUAUGUGCUUAAUAACAGCAGCCCAG